AUGCAGCAGCCCACCCUCUCUGGCGUCCACGUCUCUUCCGUCCAGGAUGUUCAGCUCAUCUUCUACGCCGUCUACCUCGGAAUCCUCCCCAUGAUAAGCAGGCGACUCGAUGCCCAGGAGCGUAGCCAGCUGCGCUCCGGCUCCUGCUACGUCUGGGCCCAAAGAGAAGAAGCAGGCGCAAUUACGGGCCCUGGUAUCGAACGAUUCACGGAGGGCAGACGCUGGAGUGCUUCUCGCGUCCGAGACGAUUUCCUUUUCUAUUACGAAAAGAAUGAGCCGAAAAAGAGCAGCAAGAACACGAACAACUCACAUCGUCUCAGAAUCCGCUCUCGGGGUUGGGACCCAUUGAUCAAACAAACAUGCUCAAUGCACUUCCACUCUCCACUCGGAAAGCGGAAAUGGAGCCUCACCCACUACUUCUCACAGGGAACCUGCGACCGACUCAUACCCGUCAAGGAUAUCCCUGAUCUACAUGACAUUGGCCCUGUCCCCCCAGGCAUGUUCACCAUUGCACGCACCCCCAAAAAGGGUCGAAGGGGCGCUACUGCUCCUGCUGAUGAGGCCCGCUCCAAAUCAUCCAUCCCGAGUGGAGACCAGAAUCCACCAGCUUCUCUAUCCGAGAACUUCAUAAAUCUGACCUCCGCACGCAUGCAGUCACAAUUCCUCCCCGCGCCGUUCCAGUGCACCACGGAGAAUCAUUUCGUAUACCAUUAUCCGCCUGCAGACGAGACCCUGUACCGAGAAGAUCAAUCUCACUCAUUCUGGUCAGCAACCACAGAUGAGAACAUGCGCCCGCUUUCAACACAGCUCACAUACCACAACUAUCCUAUCUCCGUUGAUCUGACUGUGGAACGUACUCCGAAUGUGAAUUCAAGUUGGUUGGCGGUGCAUGAGGGCUACGUCUCGAGCACAGCAUAUCACCCCAUUGCUCCUGCGCCAAUCCAGACCACACUGCAACAAAGCUCUUAUUCCGUCCCAUCAUCGCCUUCAGUGACCGACUCGGAAUUGUCAUACUCUUCGCAAGGGAGCGAUAUGUCCGCUGACGCAGGAAACUUCACCUUCGUGCAAGCCCCAGCGGUGAUGGAUGCCAAUUAUGGACCCAUCGAAGAAAUCGAAAUGGAUAGCGACGGAGAUCCCAUUGGGCACCUGGCGCCCCUGCACGCUCUACGCAGGCAUCACCCGUACCACAGGGACCCCAUUGAUGACCGGGCCCUGCAGAUCUUAGGCUCGAGGCGCGCGUAA